UUCUAUUUGAACUCUUCUCCCUCCCCAUCCUCUUCAUCCUCUGGGAGUUGCAGAAAUCAGAAGUCUUCCCUUUUUUCGUCUCACCCCUCCGGAUCAUUCAUGCUUUUCUCGUUUUCUCAAUCACCAUUUCCUCGUUUCACUCACCCCAGCUGCAAUUGAUCAGCUAUUUUUGUUUGUAAUCAGGUCUUUAUGUCUCGAUUGGUACCUUCCAUUCAUUCCGAGGCGCAAUUCAGCAAAUUUGAUUCCCUUCUAUCUAGAAACUAGGGCUUCGGAGAGCCUAAUGAUUGAAUUGUUCCACGUUUUAGAUUUUCUUCGAUACUUCGAAUUCGAUUGAGCCGAUAUUGAUCCGUGGAAAUCCUGAAGCGCAACUUUUGUCAAGUUGUUCGUUCGGGAUCGAAAUUCUGGAAGAUAUUUUAGGUUUCUAACUUUUUUUGUUUUUGAAUUUUGAAUUAUUGAAUUCGCUGGAAAUAUAUUGAAUUCAUUCUGGAGAGGGGAAACAGAGAAAAUUUUGGUAGGCUGGUAUUGCAAUGGACUGUGGGGUUUGUGCUUCGCCAGGGGACCCGUGGUUGAAACUGGCCGGCCGCGGCGGAGCAAGUGGUGGUGAUGUAGGAGGUUUGGCGCCGGUGGCGGAUGGAUUCAGCCACGACAGCGAAAAUGAUUUGGCUGCGAUGGUGAGAGAUUUUCUGGAAAAUGGAAGCCUAGGUGCGGAUUCCAGGAGUAGCAGCGACAGCGAUUCCACCUUCUCCGAUCUCGCUCACCUUGCCGACAAGUUAUCCUACAUCAAGAAGGCGGUGGAUCAGUAUGAGAGCAAGCUGCUGUCUAUAGUGAGUUCACUUUUGACAUCAAUGAAAGAAACAGACCUCCAUGCUGUAAAGCCAGGCCCUUGCAAUUCUAGCUGCAUCAAAUAUUCUCUUGUGAAGCUCUUGAGGCUUUUGGGCUAUGAUUCUGGUGUUUGUUCUUCGAAGUGGCUUGGCAAUGGCAAGGUUCCUGCAGGGGAUCAUGAAUACAUAGAUGUUAUCAAGUACGAUGAAGCUGGAGGCUCAGAGCGUUUGAUCAUUGACAUCGACUUUCGCAGCCACUUUGAAAUCGCGAGAGCAGUCCAGUCGUAUGACAGAAUCCUGAGUUCUCUCCCAAUCGUCUAUGUGGGCCCGGUACCGAAACUCAAGCAGUUCCUUGAAGUCAUGGUUGAAGCUGCCAAAUCUUCUCUCAAGCAGAACUCAAUGCCGAUUCCUCCAUGGAGAUCCUAUGCUUACCUUCAAGCAAAGUGGGGGUCGUCUCCAUAUCAAAGGAAAUUUGUUCCCGAGGAUCCACAGGUUGUUGUUACCCAGACAGCUUGUGUUUGUCGCCAUGGUCAAUGUUUUUUGCAUUUAAAACAGCUGAAAUCUGCCCUCCAAGCAGAAAUUGAAGUGAAAAGGUUGUUCAGGCCAAUGAAUGGUGAUAAGAGGGCUCGAAAAAAACGAGAGCUGGUGGGGGGUUCAUACCACGUAAACAAAAAUUUUGAUUUCUGAUAUGGGAUUUUUUCCCGUGACCCAUGUCGUGAUGAGUUUUUUUCACUUUAAUUUUGCACCAUCCUCUUUUACAAUCAAAUGUCUAUUUGAGUUUCUAUUAUACUACACCGUUAACAAAUUUUACAGGGUAAUACUUUCCAUGUGAUCGUGUUAUUUGAACACAAUAAAUGAGACAAUACUACUAAAGAUCUCAUGUUUUGUGUAUUUGGCUUAUCCUUAAGUUUACUAUCUGUUUCUAUGAUCAUUUUGCUUAAACUGAUGUUAAAUUUGAACAUAAUAUGCUUUGCGGUUUGUCAAGA